AUGGCUAGGAAGAGUCGAGGACUUUUAAAAGGAAACCGGAGUAUUACGGGAAACGGCAUCCGAAAACCAAAGAGCUUGAAACCCCAGAAAGCAAGAUCUUUGAUCAGAAGAUACCAUACGCUUCUUAAAGAUAAAGAGAUUAUUUUGAAACAAUUGAAGCCCUUGGUAGAAGGGCUUGACAACAAAAACUAUGUGGAAUGCUUACGAGAAACCCAACCCCUGCUAUUUUGGAAGUACAAUUCCGAACUCAAACUGUUUAUAGAGUCCUGGACCGGGAAACAAGCCAAUGAACCCAUGAAUAAAGAUGUACUUCAAGAUACCAACGAGAUGGUAGCCAUGCUCGGAAAAAUAGACGGAGAAAUUAAAUGUCGAGGAGGAAUCGAGGCUUAUCAAGUAGCCCUGACCGAUGGUCAAGACUCCACAAGAGGAGGUGAUUCUUCGAAGAGACUAAUCCAAUGGUUAGAGAGUAACACCCAAUGGCAGAAGAAAGAUACCAUAAUGUCGGCUUUAGAGAUAGGAUGUCUUAGUGCCAAUAAUUGCAUUAGUACAUGUGGAAUGUUCGAGGUCACUCGAAUAGAUUUGAACUCUCAAAAUGAAAGGUUGAUCCUUCAGCAAGAUUUCAUGGACAGACCGCUACCCACCAGUUCUAAAGAGAAGUUUGACAUGAUAAGUUGUUCCUUGGUGUUAAAUUACGUUCCAGAUCAUAAUGUUAGGGGACAAAUGUUAUGGAGGUUUACUCAGUUUUUGAAUGAACCCAAGAACGGGUUUUAUUCCAAGGUAUUUAUAGUUCUUCCGUUGCCGUGUGUCACCAAUUCAAGGUACUUUAAUAACGCAAGGUUUAUAGACAUUAUGACACAUUUGGGGUUCUGUGAAGAAGAAUAUUAUGAAGCUAAGAAAGUGGCAUAUUGGCUUUUCUCCUGGAAGGGUUCUAAAUCAAUGAAGAAAGUAGCUGAAUGUGCCUUCAAAAAGACAGAAAUCAAUAGUGGUCUAUCACGGAAUAAUUUUUGCAUCACUUUAUAA